AUGUCGGGCUUAAAAGUGAUCGGUGGCAUCUCUGCGGUCAUCUCCCUUCUCGACGCCUCGAUCAAGAUCUACGAUAGUGCUCACAAUGUCAUUCACUUAUCUACAACCUUCGAAGUUAUCCGCCGCCGGCUCCCAAUCCUUCUCUAUAUCCUUGAAACAUGCAAAAGUCAUCUAAAAUUGAGGAAGGACUCAUUACAUGGCGAUGUCUGUCUAGCCUUAGAGAUGGAAAUUGACGCUUGUGGUGCAAAGGCAUCGAAUUUGAGAGGGAUCUUUGAGAAAACCAUACCAGGUGAAAGCGAUAUAUGGGAAAAGCGAUAUUUACAAAUCCUCCGGAGACUCGGCAAAGGAAAUAAGGUCGAAGAGCUCUUGGGAUCCAUUACCGAAACCGUCCAAGUUAUUGUUAACCACCAUGCGGUCCAAUCUGCGAAUGCGCGACAAAACUUGGACCUUGAUAAUAUUAUCAAAGAGAUGAAAUCAAUCUAUUCAGUGUCUGACAGAGGAAGCUCCCCAAUGGCUCUCAAAAGCGGCGGAGGAGCAACGCAGAUAAACAAUGUGAACAGCGGCAAUGACCAGCACAUCAACAACAACGCGUCUGUCAGAAACCUGAACUUAAAUUUCGUCACCAUGAGGCAAAAGGAAAAUUUUAGUUUUCGCGGCGUUGGCGUCUGCCUCGGUCAGGCGCCUUAUAUUGCUCCGGAACUCUUCGUCGGUCGUUGCUCUGAGCUUAGUGAAAUCGCACAAGUUCUACAGCCACUUUACGCCCAUAGAAAGCAACAGCGCCUAUUUCUCGGUGGAAUGGGAGGCGUCGGCAAGACCCAACUUGCUAUUGCUUACGCAGACUCCUAUCGCGAAUCUUAUACCUCGGUAUUUUGGCUGAAUGCAGCAUCUGAGGCUGCGCUGAAAGACAGUUUUCGAACGGUUGCCUCCUUCGUCUUCUCUGUACAAGAUUCUGCGAUCUUGGAUGAUGAAGAAAUUGUGGAACGUCUACAUCUGUGGCUCUCUGAUUUAAGAAAUGCCAGAUGGCUCUUGAUUUAUGACAACUACAAUGGCUUUAGCCAAUUUGCGAUAAGUGACUAUUUCCCACCUGCUCCUCAGGGGGCUGUAUUGGUUACCACCCGACGGCUGAAUCUGGUUUCUGGGAGUACCCUGAAUGUCAAGCCUUUGAACAUCGCAGAUGGCCUCGCCGUAUUGCAAACUCGAUCAAAGAGAGAAAUUGUUCAAUCUGAUCCUUCUGCAUUGCGUCUCGCCGAGCGACUUGAUGGCCUGCCCCUCGUUUUGGUCACUGCUGGUACUUAUUUAAAGCGAACCGGGUUUACCUUUGAGCGCUAUCUGCAAGAAUAUGAGAAGCACUGGAAUACUGACGCCGGCCGUCCCAUCCAACUUGAAGAUUAUGGGCGCAGGCUCUACACGACCUUGAACUUGUCAUAUACUCAUCUGAAAACGGAACACCCUGAUGCGGCGAAGCUACUGAGAUUGUUAGCAUACUUCGAUAACCAAAGACUUUGGUAUGGGCUUUUCCACGCCGGACUCUCAGAUGAUUCUCCUACUUGGCUUCGUAUAGUGCUGGCAAGCGAGCUGACUUUCCGCCGAACAAUGGAAAUCCUGACCCAGUACUCCUUUUUGGGAGUUGAUGAGCCGUCAGGGCCAUGGAGCAUGGACAAUUGUAUCCACAGCUGGGCGUUAGCAGCGCUCAACAAGAAUAUCGAUAUACAGAAUUACUGGUUUGCCUUUGACUGCGUUAGUUCGUGUACUGAGGGGGUUGACGAGGAUUUGCUUGGUUACGUCGCUUUCUCUCGCUACACUGGUCAUGCAACACGGCUAGUGGCACAUUUUGUCCUCAAAGAGGAUAUAAUUUCCAAUUCUAGGUCUGAUCGAUUCGAUAAGGUGUCGCGUGUCUCAAUACUACUUCGAGAGCAAAGUCAGCUUGCUUCAGCGGAGCAAAUGUCUUUACAGCUCCUAGCUGGGAGAGAGAAAGCAUUAGGACCGGAUCACCCGCUAACCCUUGACACUGCCCACAAUCUGGGAAACAUAUAUCGUGACCAACGCAAGCUGGAUCAGGCGGAAGAGAUGUAUAAGCGGGCGCUGGGUGAGAGCGAGAAAGUGCUAGGACCGGACCAUAUGUCCACCCUUGACACUAUUUACCAUCUGGGGAUUCUUUACCAUGAUCAAGGCAACCUGGAUAAGGCGGAGGAGAUGUAUAUGCGAGCACUAGCUGGAUAUAAGAACGCGCUGGGACUGGACCAAUCGUCAACCCUCGAUACUGCUAAUAGUCCUUGA